AUGUCGGCCGUACAAACGUUGACCGCCGCCGCACUGCCCUCGCUAGCAUGCCUCCAACUGGGCAAACGGCCGAUUUUAGUUGGGGACGAGGAUUCCUUUCUAUCCACGAAGAAGGCCUGGACAGCUAAAGAAUGCGUCGCCUUCGAUCCGGCUAGGCAUAUUGAGCACACUCCUCCAUCAAAGGUGUACUCCAUGUCGGAACUGGGCUACUCAAAUAGCAAAGGUGUCUCUCCGAUUGGCGUCUCAGAACCUUUCCCACUGUUCUCUGCAGAAGCCAUUUGGCAAAUGAGAGCGGAGGUGCUGAGUUCUGAGGUGCGGGAGAAAUAUGAAUACUCCAGUGAGCUAGCUCAAAGCCAAUUGCGAGGCUAUGCAGCAGAAUGUGCGCCUUUCGUCUAUGAAGCGUGGAAAAACCCUGAGACUCUCGCGAUAGUGUCGAAGAUUGCUGGCGUAGACCUCGUUCCUGUAAUGGAUCUGGAGAUUGGACAUACCAACCUCUCUAUGAGUAGCGAGGAGACGAGAUCCAAGGAGCUUGUUGCUGCGGUCGAGAAGAAAGAGAAGAAAAAGUGGGAAGCCAAGGACAAUCCACAAGAAGAUGAAAGCCCUAUUGUGGACUGGCACACGGAUAGUUAUCCUUUCGUCUGCGUGACUAUGCUCUCGGACUGCACAGAUAUGGUUGGCGGGGAAACUGCUCUUCGCAAAGGAAACGGCGAGGUGGUGAAAGUUCGUGGGCCACAAACGGGGUGGGCCGUCAUCCUUCAGGGCCGGUAUAUCGAGCAUCAAGCGCUUCGGGCUUUGGGCAUAACUGAGCGUAUUUCGAUGGUGACAUCCUUCCGUCCGCGAUCGUCAGCCAUCCAAGACGACACCGUUCUCACCACCGUGCGUCCAGUCUCGGAUCUGGGUGAACUAUAUUAUCAAUUCGCAGAGUAUCGAUUCGAGAUGCUUCGGAACCGCCUCCAGGAUGCCAAUAAUUUCAUGCGAGACCAGAAGCAGGCUCAACGACGAUUCGAUACAUCCAAUCUCAAGCAGUUUAUCCGGGCACAAAUCGAUUUUCUAGAGCAUAUGGACAGGGAGAUCGUUGAAGACGAUAAGGUUCAGAAAGGCGUGGUCGACGACAGUCACUUGGUCUCCGAGGACCUGAAACAGAAACGGUCCCAGAGACAUGUCCGAGUCGCUGUUGCAGAGUAA